GACUAAGUCAAAAUCCGCCAAUUUCGCGCAUGCGUGUCAGCCAUAAUUUAAUGGGCGAGGCCUUUUAGAUGCAAAGUAUCAGAGUUUAAUUUAAUUAUUUUGUGCUAAAGAUACAUUGCCAGGAUGAGUGAAGACGGCACAGAUGUUGCCAAUGGGACACAACAACAGGAGGAAGUAUCCGAUACCCCGAAAUAUUGCCUGUACAUUCGGGCCUCAUUAAUUGACAAUGAGACGCAAGGUGCUUGUCCUAUGAGCCAGCAAGGGUUUAUGUUGUCAUAUAUAUUAGCUCAAGAGAAAAAUGUUGACUUUAAAGUAUGGACAGUUAGUCAAGUGAAUCCACCAAUAGACUUUAAAGAAAAAAACAGAGCAAAGAUCUACCCAUUUAUUGAAGGUGUAAGUGGCAAAGACAUUACUGGGCGCUCAAUCGAAGGAUAUAUGCCAGAAUCAACAGAUGAUGUAGAAAAAUUCUUUGAUUCAGUAAAUUCAGACUGCCCACAUCUGAAACGACCCAAAAAUACAAAAGAUCACAUCCUUGGCAAAGUGGACAGCAUUUCAACACAAUUCAAUGCAUUCAUGAAAGGAGUAAAGUCGGAGAAUGUAGUCACAAAUAUUUUACAAAAAAUAGACGAUCACCUAGCAAGCAGUGGAACUACUUUCCUUGAAGGAGAAAGCUUGUCAUAUACAGACUGCUUCUUGUUGCCAAGGUUACAACACAUCAUUGUAGCAGGAAAGUAUUUCAAGGACUAUGAGAUUCCUAGAAACAUGAAGCACUUGUGGAGAUACUUGAGAGAUGCCUAUGACUCGCCAGCUUUCUCUGAAACACUACC